AUGCUACGGGUUCGGAAGAGAAACACGAUUUUGCCCGUGACUUUUCUUAUGGUUCAGCUGGCAACUAUCUGGCAGGUCUGGUUGGAGCCGAAUAUAUAUGCCGACCUUGCAAUUGCUGAUGCCGUUAUAUCACUUCUGGCAGCGAUCGGAGUUCUGAUAAUCGCAGUACUUGAACAAAGUCGGAGAUUCCAUUCAUUGCAUAUCGUACAUGUAUAUCUUGCUUUUUCAUUGACACGAGAUCUCAUUGAGUUCGGAGCUCAGUCAAACUGCUCCAGCAUGCGCAAUUGUCAUUUGAUAAAGAUUAGGGUAUGCUUAGAGGGUAUUUGGCUGCUGUGGGAUUCUUACAUUAAGGAGGUGGUCAUUCAUCAACUUUCUCGAAGUUCUUCGGCAUCGGAAGAGGCUUCUGGUGUCCUUGGUCGAAUCUUCUUCUGGUGGAUUCAUCCAGUGCUUAAGGAAGGGUAUAAAGCUGUUCUCAAUCCUGAGAAUCUACCUGAAAUUGAUAGCCAACUUUUGUCAGAAGGUUUGCGAGCACGAGCUGUGAGAGCGUGGGCUACUCGGUCCGAACCUCUUAACCGGUGGACUUUGCCUUUUAUGUUGGUGAGCUGUCUUAAAACCGCAUUUCUUUUGCCAAUACUGUCCCGAAUGUCUCUUAUUCUAUUUACCUACCUGCAACCUAUUUUCAUUGGUGUGGCUAUCAAUUUCUGCAAGGGAUCCACCUCCCAUACCAGUGAUACCACGAGUGUAGAUAGUGGACUACUAUUAGUUCUCUUUUCAGCAAUCGUGUACUUAGGAAUGGCAGUGUCGGGGCCAACUUAUCAGCAUCAAAUUAAUCGGUUGCGCGUUAUGACCCGAGGAGCAUUAAUCAGUCUCGUUCAUCACCAGUCUCUACAUAUGUCAACAACAGGAUUCAAAGACUCUGAAGCGCUGACCUUGGUCAGUUCGGACAUUGACAACAUUGAGUCGUUUGGAGAGACGUUCCACGAGACUUGGACCCGGCUGCUAGAAGUGAUAAUCGGGACCAUGCUUUUGGCCGCUCAAAUAGGAUGGUUUGCCUUCCUGCCAUUGGUCAUCGUUUUCGGUUGCUCUAGAGUGAGUGCAUAUGUCGCAAAGCAUUUAGACGGCAUGCAGAAGGACUGGAAUGUGGCCACACAAAAACGUCUUGCCACCGUUGCAGCAGCUUUAGGGGGUAUAAAAAGCCUAAAAAUGAUGGGAAUGGAGGAUGCAGUUCAGUCUCUGAUUUCGUAUUUGCGAAGCGAGGAGAUUGGCUCAUCAAAACGAUUAAGAUGGAUUUUAGUUACUAAUAACGCAAGCGCAAACGCACUUGGUAUUUUUGCUCCAGUUCUUACUCUGAUUCUUUACGCCCUCACAUUAGAAAAUGGUGGAGUUCUACGGGCUGAUGAAGUUUUUACAUCGGUGGCUCUGCUUACUAUGGUGACACAUCCGGCUAAUAUGGUCAUGACCUUGAUUCCCCAGGCCAUUGCGAUCAUGGCAAAUUUUGAUCGAGUUCAAUCUUAUGUCAGCCAACCAUCCAUUCAGGAUAAGCGGGAGUAUUCUACGGAAAGCAACGUUCGAAAAUUAGCCUCUAUUCAAAACGUUUCAAUCAUAUCUCCCUCAACUUCUCUUACCCUUCUUCUAGAUGUUUGUAUUGACCUAAACAGAGGAGAGAUUAUUAUCUGUGCCGGUGCGGUGGGAAGAGGGAAAACAAUAUUAGCGAUGGCCAUCCUAGGGGAAGCCCAUCUGACAACUGGCACUAUCAGAGUCUCUUCGAAAGAGAUUGCUUACUGUUCUCAAGAACCGUGGCUACCGUCUGUAACUAUUCGUGACGCUAUAUCUGGGGGAGGCUUGACCUGGAUCUCGAAUGAUAAUGGAAUUAACCUUUCGGGAGGACAGAAACAGCGUAUAGCUCUGGCUCGAGCAGUCUACUCACGCCACAGAAUUCUUGUCCUAGAUGAUCCAUUCAGUGCAAUUGAUGAAAAGACAGUAGAUUGUAUUAUAGACAGGCUUUUGAGCACACGAGGUCUGCUCAAGAGAAUGGCUACAACGGUCUUUCUGAUAACCAACUCUAGGAAACUUGAUUCAUUUGCAGAUAAAUUCCUAGUCCUGCAAGACUCAUGUAUUCAUCUCCGCGAUCCGUCUAGCUUUGAAGAUACGGAAGAUUCCUCGGCGCCAUCUAUAUCAAUUGACACAGAUAAUCUUAAGAGCGAGUUGAUAGAAACACCCAAACCAAAAGGCGUGAAUCAUCGAAUAAAGGAUGCUGCGGAUGACAUAACCCGGGCAACUGGGGAUAUUGCAGUAUAUGGGUAUACUAUGUCGGUUCGAUUGGCCAAUUAA